AUGCGUCCAAUGCCAAAAGAACUACGACUCUGUAUCCUCGUGUCAAAAAUCCGCAAACACCUUUCAAAACCUCUCCAACGUAAAACAAACCAAACGAAUACGGCGUUGAAUACGCCGGUGCCGCCGACUGUUGAUGCAAUUCGUAGUGCGUGUGCGUCGAUGAGCGCUAUUACUGGUAAUGCUAGUGGUUAUGACGCUGCGAAUUCUGCUAACGGUGGUAUGUGUGGUCCUGGCGGUGGUGGCAAUAAUGGCAUUUUGUUAUUUAUUACCAAAGGUGUGUACUGA